AUGGCCACUCUCAGAAGGUUUCAGACGCUGGUUCCACUGAAUCACAAAGGAGGUAAUGUAUUUGAAAUUGUUGAAGAGACCAAGCUGCCGAAGUGGUUCUACGUCGAGUAUCUGGAAGAUCCGAAGAGAAUGUACGUGGAACCGUCCAUAGUGGAAAUCAUGUUAGGUAAGGACGGAGAACGCAUCCCGCAUGUUGAAAGUAUGUUGCAGACAGUGAUUCAUGUGAACAUGUGGGGCCCUGAAAAACGAGCUGAGAUUUGGAUCUUCGGGCCGCCUUCUUUUCAAAAGGACGUUGGUCAGAUGCUCUCUAAUGUGGCUCACUAUUGGCGCAUGAAACUGAUGGAAAAGGAGGCUCUGGAGGCUGGAGUUGAGCGUCGUCUUACGGAGGCCCGUAAGGUGGCCACCCAGGAGACUCCUGUGACAGUCCGUGAGGCUGUCACCCAGACAGAUCCUGUGAUGGUCAGCGAGGCUGCCACCCAGACGGUUCCUGUGGUGGUCAGCGAGGCUGCCAACCAGCCGAAUCCUGUGAUGGUCUCUGAGUCUGCCAUGCAGCCAACUCCUGUUACCGAGGCUGUUACCGAGGCUGCCACCGAGUUGGAUACAGUGCAGGUCCGUGAAGCUGCCUAGCAGCAAGCCUUCUCCCAGCACACUUCAGAGUAGGUCCACCAGGUUGUCAAUGGGCAGUCUCUCAUUGAAGUCUUUGAGGCUGCCACACAGCAGCCUUCUGUAGAUGCUGUCUACGAGGCUGCCACCCAGAUGGCUCCUGUGAUGGUCCAUAAGGCUUCCACCCAGAUGGUUCCUGUGAUGGUCAGCAAGGCUGCCACCCAGCAGUCUCCUGUGAAGGUCUGUGAGGCUGCCACCCAGCAGUCUCCUGUGAAGGUCUGUGAGGCUGCCACCCAGCAGUCUCCUGUGAAGGUCUGUGAGGCUGCCACCCAGCAGUCUCCUGUGAAGGUCUGUGAGGCUGCCACCCAGCAGUCUCCUGUGAAGGUCUGUGAGGCUGCCACCCAGCAGUCUCCUGUGAAGGUCUGUGAGGCCGCCACCCAGCUGAAUCGUGGGGUGGUAGCUGAUGCUACCCAGUUGGCUCAGUUGAAGGCUGGUGAAGCCUUCUCCCAGCACACUUCAGAGGAGGGCUACCAGGUUGUCAAUGGGCAGUCUCUCAUUGAAGUCUGUGAGGCUGCCACACAGCAGCCUUCUGUAGAUGUCUCUAUGGCCUUAUCCCAGAAAUGUCCUGAGGUUUUUGAGUGUGAGAGUCAGAGUUCUUUAGAUGACAGUUAUGUCAUAAUUCAGCGUCCAACAGAUGUCUUGGAAUCAUUUAUCAUGUUAUAA